AUGAAUACCGUCGUCAUUGCCCCCAUCGAUUCCAUCGCCAUCCGGCCAGGGUCCGAGUUCGUCACUCUGUUCGCGAGGACAGUCAACCUUGCCCUCGGUUUCCAGCGUCUCCUCGGCGCCGUCUGGCUAUCUGUCAUUCUGAGGACCUACUUCCUGGCGGCUUAUACAGCGGCAACAGCGCUUUUUGCGUCACGAAUCAUCGCAACACAGUCCUUGGGCCUGACGAGAUCACUCGUACUCGGUUCGGCGAAAGCCUGCAACAUUUAA